UACAAAAACUUCAAGUCAAGAUAAGAAACUACGGUCCUAAAUACGUUGCGGAUUACAAAGUAACUUAUAGUAUAAGUCACGUAUACACUUAGAUUAAAGGAAAUAAUUAUCACACGUCAUAACUAGAUACAGAAUAUACAGAACUAUAGUUGCAUUCAUUUUACUUUGAAAUGCUUGUCUGUUAAUACGUCUCUAUACGUCCAACGUAACAAUGAUAACAAAACUUACUAAAUAAAUUCACUCAAAUAACAAUGAACGAUUAGGAACGAUUAAAUUCGUAGAAUUACUUUCAGUAGCGUUGUGGUUGCCAAAAAUAAGGAACAAAGUAAACUUUCUCUAAUGAAACGCUCCAAUCAAUACGUAGAAAGUUAUGUGAUUUAUCUAUUAUCGAAUACGUGUCUACUCAAUAUUAUUAACAAACACGAUUUUAUCGAAUAUUGUAUCUUAUCGUUUAACAUUACACAACAUGUUGCGCUACUAUCUUUUGGAUUUUUACGCACGCUACAGAUUACAGAUCAACUUCUACCGAUCAUUACAGGCCCAAAACCUAUUGUUGAGUGAACGUAUGAAAUUCUCACUGUAAGUUUAUUCGCGUUUUCGUGAUAUGACGGCUUAGAAGAGGGGACAGGGUUAAAAGACUCAACCUGCGCUUCUGAGGGACUUCCCAGUUACGUUCAAUUUUUCGUUUAAAAGCUGAUGUCGUUACACGAUUCUCGUUCAGUUAAAAUAGCUGUGACGGUGCUGGCGAUCAUGGGGUCGCUUGCUAUCGUUAUAGCCACUGUCUACGUUUCGAUUUCAAUGUUAUCGUUUAAACGUAACGUUUUCGCCCUGUCAACCACUUGGACAAAUUUGGAAAACGUCACUGAUCCAAGGAUCAUAAGCAGGGACGAAUGGAAAGCGAGACCACCGACAGAACGAGUGCUGAUGAAUGUGACACCGACGCCUUACGUUGUGAUCCAUCACGGAGGCAUAGCUGAAUACUGCUUCGAUCAGAAGGCGUGUUCCGCAAUCGUAAAAUCGUAUCAGAAUUUCCAUAUCGACGAUCGAGGCUGGUUCGACAUCGGUUAUAACUUCGUUAUUGGCGAAGACGGGAACGCUUACGAAGGUCGGGGCUGGGAUUUCGUUGGAGCUCAUGCACCUCCUUAUAACAAUCAAAGCAUUGGAAUAUGCGUUAUCGGUGAUUUUAGUGAUUUUCUCCCCAACAAGGCGGCAUUAAAAACUCUAAAUGGUCUGAUCGAUUAUGGAGUGUUUCUUGGGAAAAUAAGCAAGAACUACCACGUUAUAGGCCAUAGACAAGCCAGAGAAACGCUGUGCCCUGGCGAAGAAUUCUUCAAAUUUGUGCAAACAAAUCCACGAUGGACAAAGCAUCCUGAACCGAUUGAUGUAGCACCAAUAACUGUUUGGAAAUGAAGACACCUUGAAUGCGAUUAAAAGCAGCUAACGUCGUCUGCGGUGAUGGUGUCUUAGAACAUUUACAAAAAAAAAAACAAUUUUAAUCAAUGUUUUACCAGUCACAAACGCUUUAGUCAAGUAAAAUGUAUGUCUACCUCGAAGGAUGGUAAAUAUUUAAAUAUAAAGCAUGGUCAAUGUUUAAUGUAUGUACAGGGUGUUCAAAGAAAAGUAUUCAAUAUUUAUAUGGUGUAUAGGGCACACUGUACUGAGUAAAAAAGUUUUAGUAAACAUAGGUCUAAAGGUCAACCGUUUCUGAGAUACAAACAUUUUUGUUUGCUAGUAUCAUGAUUGACUUACUACUGGGUUUUCGAUAUUUAUAGAAGAUUUUCCACGUGUCCACCGUUCAUUUUUGUACACGAAAUUGAAAAAAAUGAAAUUGACGAAAUUGUCGGCACUUGAAUGGGAACAUUCAGAACGCAAUUUAUAAGCACUGACAUAAACAUCGCAUGCGAUGAAAGCAAGUAAGCCAAUCAUGAUACUAGCAAACAAAAAUGUUUAUAUCUCAGAAACGGUUGACCUUUGGACCUAUGUUUACUAAAGCUUUUUUACUCAGUACAGUGUGCCCUAUACACCAUAUAAAUAUUGAAUGCUUUUUUUGAACACCCUGUAUAUAUGCAAGUGUAAAGAAGAAUAAAUGCCUGCAAGAAAUAUUGUAAUAGAAAGUGUGUCUAAAACAAAAUGUUAACGUGUAAAACUUUUGACACGUUGACUGCCAGGCUGAUAAUCAUGAAAAUUUCUACGAGGUUAACAAUAAAACACCUCUGUUAAUCUUGGUCGUCACUGUAUAAACUUAUGUGUAUGAAAUCCUACAGUAUUCGUAUCAUAUAAAACGUCGAAGAACGAACAUGGUAGUAUUUUCAUCCGAUUUGUACGUACGCAAUAAAUCAAUUGAACUGCAAUGUUGUGAAAUCACUGUAAACAUUUUGUG